UAAAUUUUUUUGAGUUUAUUUGAAUGUGCUCAUGUGGUCAACUCCGCUUCUAAGCUCUUGAAAUUCACUCGUACUUUUUCUAUUUCUUUUUGUUUUACCCUCUUUAUCAUUGUUGCCGAAAGCAUGUUGGGUAAAGUUGUUCACUACACGAUUGAUGCUCUUCUUAUAAGCACAACAUUAGCGGCCAUCAAGCGCUGCUCCGGAAUUCAACCCGUGGCUCCCAAAGACAAGGAAUGGGGCGGUUAUGUACAAAAAUAUCUGUCUGUAGGCGAAUGGCUACUGGAUACCAGUAUUCUGAUCAUGAACAAUUCUGCGUAUUUUGAAAAGAAGUGACAAUGUGAACCACACUCACAAAUUUUUGGUUUCCCAAACCCUGUGAUGCUAUCCCCAGCCAUUCUUCGUUCCAUGCAUAUAUUGUAGCCAUCCUCCAGCCUUAUUCGUACCUGAAAUUUCCCACAUUUACACCUCAUUCCGUCAAGUUCUAUAUGAUUCGAACACCAUAUCCCUCUUUCCCGCCUUUUACUGACAUUGCAAUUGACAGGUUAUAUAAAACACAUGAAUUGUUUAUAUAAUCAUAACGCGCAGUAGCCGCCAUGGGAGC